AUGGCCAGAGCGAAAACGUCUGGGAGGACCACUGGACGAGAUAAGGACACAGCGGUCGAACGCUGCGAGUUCGAACUCAACGAAGAUUCUGACGCGACAGAAUGUAGGCUCGUUAUUAGAAUGAUCUGUGGACUGGGCGUCAUUAGAACUUACAAGCUCACUUAUGAACCAACUACCGCUCAGCAUGCCAUCUUCGACAGGUCUAGCGCGACUAAUAAAUGGAGCAUCGAUCCCAGGUUUUUGAAGGAAAUUACCGACCACUUCAGUCCGUCAGCAGAGCAACUGGAUAUCUACUUCGAUGGUGGCAAGGCCAUUUUCACAAGCUUUACAACGAAGAUCACUGACGGGCAAGAAAUUCUCAAACAACCAGUACACACUUCCGUGGCUAUCGAUAAAAGAGACUUUGAGGAUUUUUCAGCUGAAGAUGAACUUCAUAUUGCCAUCACUCUGAAGGACUUCAGAGCGGUUAUAACCCAUGCAGAGACAACAGGCGUCCUGAUCACCGCUCGACACACUCGCCCGUGCAGACCACUGCAGCUUGCAUAUGACUUCGAGGGGGUUAGGACCGAAUUCACCUUAAUGACGACAGGCGAAGAUGAUAGUGAGAACUUCCCAUCAUCGCGAGCAGCCGUUCCCGAGCUGCCCGCAAGGCAAACGCCAGCGCCGGUGCACGUCUCUCAGAACAAUGCUGCCUUGAAUACCGAACAGAUGCCACCUCGCAGUCGCUCAAUUCGACCGCUUACUGGGACAACCGACCGCGUCAAAGAGAGUAAUGUUGAGAGCCAGCAGCCACCGCCACCAUCAUUUCACUUCGACAGUCUGUUUGUGCCAGCCGAUGAUGACAAGCAGUGGGAUGUGCCGAAUGAGGAGGACGAGACUAUGGCUGAGGACAUGCUUGGCUGGGACGCUACAGCUGAUCAGGUAAGGGCUGCAAGGUCGUAUUGUGAAGGGGAAUCAUUGAUUGUGGUUUUCAGGAGACAUUCAACGCAAGCCUUGGGCCUCGCUUGCGAGACACUGAACCCGUUCUGCCACAUGACGCAAACCAGCAAGAGCCUCAGGAAGAAAUCGGCAUUCCUCCAACACAACGCAUUUCACAGGUUGGUCGGCGCAUCUUGUCAAAGGACGAGCUAA